AGGAGAAAAACAACUUUUGAUUUAAAAUGCUAGCCCGUUCAAUAGCUCGAAAAAUUUGCCAAAAUAAGGAGUUAUUCGGCCCAUCGGUGCAAUGUAGUGGGCUUCUAAACAACACGGUGCUAAAUCCGAGUACAGUUCGGCAUGCUUCUUUUCGUUCUUCCGAACCAGUUGGUGACAUUACACAAUUCCCCGAAGUCGAAGUAGCUAAGAACCCUCCGGAAUGGAAGUAUGUAGAACGACUACUAGCGUCCCGUGUAGUACCAACACCGAUUGCGAAACCUGAAUAUCCUUCAGGCUGGAAACCACCAAAGCCAAGGUCGGAUCUCAAGUACUUUGUUUCCCGUACUAAAAAUUUUAUGCUUCCGGUUUACCUACAUCGAUCGUUCCGGGGCCAGCGAAUCAUUACGGCCGUUAGACGCAUCGAUGGAGACAUUUGGCAGUUGGAAUCAGAACUACGGUAUCUAGUUGAGAAGAAGCUAAACAAAUCGAUUGUGACGCGCGUUAACGAGAUGAACGGCCAAAUUGAGCUGAAGGGUGAUUUUGUAACGAUCGUUGAAGAGUUUCUUCUGGAAAAAGGUUUGUAAAUAGUAGGGAAACGUACGUAGAGCAAUAAAAAGCAGUUUAAACGGUUAAUGAUGGUGAUCUAU